UAGGAAGAUGGCGGCGGCCCCGCUGUACUGUGUCUGCCGGCAGCCCUACGAUGUGAGCCGGUUUAUGAUCGAGUGCGACAUCUGUAAAGACUGGUUUCACGGCAGCUGUGUGCAGGUAGAAGAGCAUCAUGCUGUGGAUAUCGAUGUUUACCACUGCCCCAACUGUGAUGUUGUACAAGGACCCUCCCUGAUGAAAAAGCGCAACAACUGGCAUAGGCACGACUACACAGAGCCAGACGAUGGAACCAAGCCGGUGCAGGCCGGGACACCAGUGUUCGUCAAGGAGCUGCAGAGCAGGAGCUUCGCCGGUGGUGAGGAGAUCAUGAUGCGGAUGAAGGGGGAGCAGGUGACACCCAAGUACCUGGAGAGACAUGGCUUUAACCACCCUAUAAUGGUCACAGAGAUGGAGGGACUUGGACUCAAACUACCAGACCCUUCUUUUUCUGUCAAAGAUGUGGAGCAGUACGUGGGAGGAGACAAAGUCAUCGAUGUGAUUGAUGUUGCCCGGCAGGCAGACAGCAAAAUGAAGCUCAGCGAGUUUAUCAAGUAUUUCACCAAACCACACCGACCGAAAGUCCUCAACCUCAUCAGCCUGGAGUUCUCUGACACAAAGAUGUCCGAGCUUGUGGAAGUCCCUGACGUAGCUCAGAAGAUGUCCUGGGUGGAGAACUACUGGCCCGACGACUCCCUCUUCCCCAAACCUUUUGUCCAGAAGUACUGCCUUAUGGGGGUCAAGGACAGCUACACAGAUUUCCACAUAGACUUUGGAGGCACCUCCGUCUGGUACCAUGUUCUCUGGGGUGAGAAGAUCUUCUACUUGAUCAAGCCCACCCCCGCCAACCUUGCACUAUAUGAGGCAUGGAGCUCCUCGCCCAAUCAGAGUGAAGUGUUCUUUGGGGAAAAAGUGGACAAGUGCUACAAGUGUGUUGUGCCCAAAGGAACAACCCUGCUCAUCCCUACAGGCUGGAUCCAUGCUGUUCUCACCUCUCAGGAUUGCAUGGCGUUUGGAGGGAACUUCCUUCAUAACCUCAAUAUUGGCAUGCAGCUCAGGUGUUAUGAAAUGGAGCGUCGUCUGAAAACUCCUGACCUCUUCAAGUUUCCAUACUUUGAGGCCAUCUGUUGGUAUGUGGCCAAGAACCUUCUGGAAACACUAAAAGAGCUAAGAGAGGACAACUGUCCGCCCCCAACCUACCUGGUGGAGGGAGUCAAGGCUUUAAUCAGUGCACUGAGGACCUGGUUGAAAAGAGAGGUGACUGAACCCACCAGUGAGGUACCGGACAAUAUCAGGCCCAACCAUCUCAUUAAAGAGCUGACUAAAGAAAUCCGCUACCUGGAGGAGGAACCAGUCAAUGGUAGCAAGCCAGUGAAAUCUCAGGGAAGUGGAUGUGGAACACCGUCGGGAUCAAACGGCUGCCCGGCCACUCGCUCCACACUAGAGAGGCUCUGCCAGGCUCGGCGGGCGAGGAGGGCUGCCAGGAGGCUGAGGGAGCAGCAGCGACAGGCCCCCAAACUGCCCUCCAACCUGGACAUCCUAGAGCAGCACACCAGGGAGGUGCUGAAGAGGCUGGAGGUGGGACCGCUGGAGGAGGAUGCAGCGUUCUGUGCCAAGGUUCAUGGGAAGCUCAACAAAGCGUCAACCGCGUCAGCUGCUGCUGCAGAGUCUCUGGACGACAACCACCUGCGGCUAAUGCUGGUCAACGGCAGAAUCAUCAGAGAUUUAAGGCGUCCAGCCAGCAGCCCGUUGAAGACGGAGGGUGAGAAGUCAUCGGACAGCCAAGGCCCACCAAAGAGUCGCGUAGAUGUGAAGUCCGAGAGGACACAGGGCGGUCUGGAGCAGCACAGCACGCUGGAGAAACCUGCACUCCUCAGGGGUCUGGAGAGGAUGAAGACUGAACUCAGGGAAGAAGUCUCAGGACACUCGAGUGUGUCGGACGGGGAGUCGGACAAUGACUCUCCCACAGAGCAUAAAGCAUCAUCAUCAUCGUCGUCGUCGUCGUCGUCAUCGUCCUCCUCCUCCUCCUCCUCCUCCUCUUCUGGAGACGAUUCAGAGAGUUCCCAAGAAGAGGAGGAGAGGGUCUCAUCACGGCAGAAAGGCUCAGGGCACACCAUAGAGCUGGACCAGUCUGGCCAGAAACUCAGGCACAAACACAAACCACUCAAACGAGAACGUCCUACCUCACCCAGCACAGAAGAGGCCAUUCAGGGGAUGCUGUCUAUGGCCGGUCUGCUGUGCCCCUCCAAGCCGGAGAAGGUAGCUUCAUCCCAGGAGCACUGGUGGUCCGGCUCAGCCCAGUGCUCGCCACUGGAGCGGAGGGAGGCGACACAGCAUCAGCACCGCCUGCAGGGGGACAAGAGCCCAAUGGACAGCCAGGGCAACAGCAGCGAGGCCUGGGACAAUCAGGGGCUCCCCAGCCCAGAUACGGAGUACCAAUACUGUGACCCCUCCAUGUCUCCACCCCUGCACCCCUCCAAAAGACACGCACCCAACCCCCCACCAAUCAGCAAUCAGGCCACCAAAGGCAAGAGGCCCAAAAAAGGAAUGGCCACCGCCAAGCAGAGACUGGGAAAGAUCCUCAAACUCAACAGACACAGCCGUGUCUUUGUCUAACACUCCAAAACCUUCACAACCUGCAAAAACAUGUUGGGAUGUACUCUUGAAACAAAAAAAGAAACAUUUGUGUGUUUGUGUCCAGAAACUUUUGUGCUGUAGAAAUUAAGAAAUGAUGAAAAAAAAGAGAGAACACUGCCUGGAGACGACCGUAACUGAACAAAUCUUGACACGAAAAACACGCUCACUGUGCAUGCUUAGGAGACAGGGUAUUGGAUUUGAAAUAAGCAAGUGCACGACUUCACCACAAGCACACUAAGAACAAAAAAAUAAGGAGCUACGGGAAGCGGAGAGGACAAACUUGUUAUGAAAUUUUCUGCUGCAGGGAUGAUGGAGUGAAGCUCCUGCGGGCAUUUUUUUUUAAACGGACAAAAGGAGGUUAAGGAGGUCUACCAAACAAAACAAGAAUGAUUGCUACUGAUGCCAAGAUCAUCUGCAUCACAUUUCCUCUCUCCGCUGAACGCACCACCUCCCCACAGCUUUUCGCAAAUAGAAGAGGAAGGAACGGAGCUGUAUCUUUCUUGCAGGGUGUUUAUUUUUCCCUCUCUAACCCUGGAGGGGCGGUGUGCGGCAAAACGAGGUGCUAAGGAGGAGAACUGAUAUUUCAAAAUGGUGCUUAUUGUUUGUACUUUUCUCCACUCAUGCUUGUCCCCCAAUUCCCCCCUUUUAUCUCAAUCACACCAGCAAUAAUGACUUUGAGGAGAGGUCGGUGAGAGGCAGCACUCUGGUGCAUGAAUUCCCCUCUGAUUUGUCUGUUUGUAGAUGUCGGUGCGCCACAGACUCGCACAAUCUAGUGUUGAAAAUCUGCACUAUGUUUGAGUAUUUAGGGAUUCUGAGCUGUUUAAGAUGUCCAAAGUGCUCCCUCUCCAGUGAAAAUAGGAAUUAAGAGUCAUGCCACGACUCCUGCUUAAUUUAUUGUUUUAUCUGUGAUGUUGAUUUUUUAAUGUGUUAUUUUUAUGGAUUCUGAAUGAUGUAUUUAUUAAUUGAAAGAGAAUGAUUUUAUUAUAUUUUGACCCUACAACCUCGGCUAUUCUGAGGAUUUUUUUUUCCUUUUAUAGUUUUUUUUUUUUUUCUUUUUUAUUAUCUUUAACAUUUUGUAAAUGUGGAUGUUUUAGCGUUCAUGUGAUCUUCAUCUGUUGAGUAGCAAUUUACCUACAAAUCUUUGAUUACCUUCUAUGCUGUCACAACUCUUUCCCCUCAAGUUGAAUAGAUCCUGUGUUGAUUCUUGUCUGUUCUGGUUUCCUCUUCUCUCUGUAGCCAGACGUGUUGGGUGGGCUAUGUGCGAAUAGAAACUAGGUUAGGUUGAGAGAUGUCCACAUCUACACCUGAGCUUUUCCUCAACUUGUGCCACUUAUCAUUUAGCAAAAAAAAUAAAUCUGAGCCACUGUGGUAGAUCCAAAGUAGUCGAAGAAGUGAACGUUUGAGGAACUUAAAUGGGAUGAGUGACUUUUUUUAAGAAAAAAAUGCUGAUGUGAGAUGUGUGUUUUUGCUCAGAGUGCGCAGUUCUUCACUCUCAGGGAAUGAUGCCAUGGACAUAAACUUUCGAUUAACCAGCAGCCACGUCAUGGAUGCAGACAGAACUCAAGACUUUUCACAUUCACCUCCUGCUUUGAAGAUGCUGAGGUUUGCUUUUUUCCUUUAUCGCUCUAAAAAUAAUUUCACAGUUGUGGUGUUUUUGGCUACCUUCUGUUCACAUGGAUCUGGUAUUGUCCCCUUACUGCUCACUUCAGUGUUACUCACCCAUCGGCUAACUGCCGCCGCGUAGCUUUAAGACCACUCUUUGGACAGCGUGAACGCUUUGCUCAGGUCAACUUGUUGUGACUGUGAUCAAUCAUUCAGCCCUGACGAGCUGUUCUACAUAAUCCCAACACAAAGAACCAACUCUGGAAAAAAAGAAAGCCCAGACUGAUUUUCUUCUUUUAUUACACUACACUUUAACCUUUAAACUCUUUGCAUGUUAAACUCUCAGAGCUGGCCCGCAGGCAGGGUUUGGUAUAAGCUGUUAGUAUUCAUCCUACAGGAUCUGUCCCUCUUUGCUUUGUUAUGCAGCUCUUUAAGCAUUUGUGUUUCGUGCGUUGGUUCUUGCAAUGUUUUCUUUCCAGAUUUAAAUGGCUUAGGAUUUAAAGUAUACAAACACUGGCUAACUGUGACACUGUUAAUGCGUUGCAUUUUGUUUCUGCAUUUCAAAAAUUGCGUGUAAAUAAAACUAAUGAAAUGA